UUCUAUAUUUUGCAUCGACUGAACGCUUGAGUCAACGGUAUUUUGUGUCGAAUGAUAUGAACUAAUUCAACAUUGAGUGGCUAUAAUUUCACAUGUUUUAGAUUUUUGAAACUUGGAAGUGUUCCUAGAGCAUUUUAUGACCAUGUCGUCAUUGAAAAGAGAUAAACGAUUAGAGUCAAAGAAAAGAAAAGCAGCUGCUUUCCUACAGCUGGUAAAGGAAGAAGAUGAUGAGACUGAACCUGUCAAAAAGAAAAUGACUGAAGAAUCCCAAACAAAUCCUACAGCACAGCCUUCAGGGAGUACUGGGAAUAAGAAAUCUAAUAAUUUCCAGCAAAUGGCAGAGGAGGAACUUCUUAAACUUAGACAAGCUUUGAGGGAGCGACAGAAAGCUGCAAUGGAAAAGCCAAAAGUGUUUUUGACAUUAGAAGAAUUGGCCAGAGAAAAUGUGUCACACUUUGAAACAGAUUUAAAGGAAGAGGAAAUCCCUCCUCUGUUUAUCAGUGAUGUACAAAGUCUUAUUUUGUUUGCAGUGCAAGGGUCUGCUUGUAGAAUGAAACCGAGAUGGUGCAGAUUACUUCGAUGUACAAAAGUGACCAGUAUUGUUGUCAUGGUGAUGAAUGGAGUCAGUAACAUAGAGCUGGAGAAAUAUCCCAAUUCAUUUCCCACAAUCCGAAAUGCAUUUCAGACACACAUAGAGGUGGUGAAUCCAUCACAGUAUGCCAAAUCGGUGCCAACAGAAUUAUUCUGCGUUUUACCCCCACGACAACAGAGAACAUUAGUUGCAAAAUCCAUUAAAAUGAAACAAGAUGAAAAAGAAGAGGAAUCUUUAAACAAACCAGAGGAUCCAUUGAAGGAGACUGAAGCUGAGGAGAACCCCCUCCACCCAGCUCUCCAUGGAGACGACAGUUUCCCUAGAACACAGCUCCUUCUGAGUACAGCCCAGCUAAUGCAGGAAAAGUACCCCCUGCCUGUGCAGUACAGUAACGUGAACACGUCAGAUUUUAAAUUCACUAAAGAAGAGUACCUUCCAGUCAAUGAUAAGAGUCCAAUGUUUGCUUUAGAUUGUGAAAUGUGUAUGACAAAAGCCAGGCAGUCAGAGCUGACUCGAGUGUCCAUUGUGAAUGAGAAGUUGGAGACUUUAUAUGAUACGCUAGUCAAACCGUACAACAGAAUCACCAAUUAUCUCACAAAGUAUAGUGGUAUCACAAAGGAACUGCUGGAUCCUGUAACCACGCGCUUGUCUGAAGUACAGAAGAAAAUCCAGGAACUACUGCCAGCAGACGCCAUUCUGUGUGGGCAGUCGCUGGGGGGAGACUUACGGGCUGUCAAGAUGUAUCAUCCCUACGUGAUCGAUACUAGCUGUAUUUACAACCUCACUGGACGAGCCGGAAUGAAGACUGGACUGAAAAGACUGACGGAAAUGUUUGUUAGGGAGAAAAUUCAGGAGGGCACAGAGGGCCACGACUCUGUAGAGGAUUCAGUAGCCACGAUGAAACUAGUUCAACACAAACUCAAGCAUAAUUUAAACUACGGAGACGUGAGGAUGGGAUGGACGGCAAUAGACUCUAAUCCUGAAGAAGUGGCUGAUGAGAAAGAGCCUGAGUUCAAACUGAUCAAAAUGGAGGAAUCAGAUGAAAAUAUCGAACUUAACCCCCUGCCAAAACACAUCAUUUCUAGACAAAGCGCUUUCUUCAGAAUGGAGAAGUACUUCAACAGCAUGUUUGAAGUUCUACAGAAGUAUGGCAGGACAGCUGCUAUGGUAACAGACCAGGAGACAGUAAAGAAGUUUGGAAUGGAUAAUGGCGUGAUUGGCAUAGAGUCAGACUCAGACAAAAAAACCAAAUCACUCGUGAAAUCUCAUGUGCAGUUUCAUGAUUUUGUUUACUGUAGUUUUGACAAUUAUCUUACCCACUUAAAUGAGAACACAACAGAGGAAAAAAUUGUGCAUUGCUUAGAGAAAAUGGACAAUAGGGUGGGGAAGAUUUUGAAGAAUGUGAAACAGAACUCUCUAGUGAUUGUGAUAGUUCCUGGACGUUCCAACCAAAGACAGGAGCAUUCUGGGACUACAUUUGUCAAAAUUAAAGAAUGAAAUUAA